AUGUUACCCUUUCAUCAGCAGAAAACAUCCGCUGAUGUUGAUACUGAAUCAUCGUUACUGUUGUCAUUACUUAUACGUAUUCAUAGACAACGCACUGAUGAUACACAAUAUAAACGACUUCGAAAUGUUAGAAAUAUAUUUUCCUAUUUACACAUUUGCUUUUUCGGAUUAAUAUUGUUUCAAUGUCAUAAACGAAUCUACAAUGCAUGGAUGGGUCCAUUUCAUAUUAAUCUUGAUCAAUUUGCUACUGAAUUGAAAACAUAUACUGAAUUUCGAUAUAAUACACGACCUUUUUUUUCUCGUUGGUUUUCAUUUGAUUAUGAAUAUCUUCAAAUAGAACUUGAUGAAGAUAUGAUUGAUCAGGAUAUGACAAAGACAUUUCGAGUAUUCAAUGGUCAACAUUCAUAUGAAAAGUUAUUGUAUACAUUCAAUCAUGUAAGAGAAUCAGUCAUUGAUCAUAAUUAUAAUAAACUCUAUAUUAAAAUGCCAUCAAAUAAACAAUCUUAUUUUCAUCGACGUCUUUCUUAUAAUUUUCAAGCGUUCAAUAUUCAUACAUUACGAUGUAUUGUUCGACAACUCGAUAUAUCGCCCAUGCAGUAUCUUCAAUGGAAUGAAAAAACAACGUAUAUUCAAGCGAUUGAACAAAUCUAUAAUCAAAAUCCAACAUUAUUCAAUAUAAAAGUUAUCCUUAAAUGCGGGAUUUAUCUACUCAAUAGAAUUCAUCCACCGACAUUUACUAUUCAUCAUUCUGUACAAAAUGAACUUGAAAAAGCGAAUAUUAAUUCGAUCUCAAUAUUAGAUAACCUUUUAUUAAAUACAAUCGUCGAAAAUAAACAUUUUGAUCGACUAUUUCUUAUACAAGAUAAAUAUCUCAUUAUAUUAAUGAUCAAUUUUAAUGAAAAAAAUCCAGAAAUUCUACGUCAAUUCGAUAAACGCUCACCAUUCGAAGUUAUUUCCCUUGAUACUAUCGAAUCAGUUCAUCAUUAUCAUAUUGUAGUGGCAAAUGAUUCACGUUCGAAAUAUAUCUAUUUUCCAAAUGAUUCGUACCUUAGAGAUUCCAAUACUAGUGAAUGGCUUCAUCAGCGAUUGAUGCAUAUCAAUGAUCUAUAUCGACACCGCUUGGAACAAAAACAGAUUCUUCAACAGCAAGAAAUUCUACAUGCUCAGCAAGAGGAGUAUCAACGUCAUCUCAAGGCUCUUAUAGAAGAAGAGGCUGAAUAUCAAUAUCGUACCUAUGGUUAUGACUUCAAUCGAAUGUGGCACCGUAUAGUAUCGGCAUCACCUCGUUUUAUUGCACAAUUUCGUUUAGAAGAUCAUCAAUUAGUCAAUAUUAAUCAGCCUAAUAUAGAGUGCAGUCUUUGCUAUGAAGAAUUUCGUACUGGUCAACAUUUCGCUCAAUGGCCUUGUGAAGCCAAACAUACUUUUCAUUUUGAUUGCAUGUUAAGUGCAUUAAGAGCACGAAAUACUUGUCCAUUAUGUCGACAUCCUGUCGAAGCAGCUCAUUUACCUAGUAGAGAGACUAUACUUCAAUACAUGACAGGGAGAGUAAUUCCUCGUUUCUUUACUUAA